AUGGUCUCCAAGCACUCUGCUAUAACAGUCCAAGUCACCGAGCUGGAAUCGCAGAUGGAAACCCCAGGCGUUUCGUGCUGGGACUUCGCCUAUCCAACCGGCAAAUGCGACCCUGCGCCCGCGAAAAGCUGUUGCUUCUCGACGGCGCCCUUAUCAAAGCAGCAUGAGCGCUUCGCCUCUCACACCAAUGCUCCGGCAUGUGACAUCUCGCACGGUGGGCACCAUCGUCAGAAGAGCAAGAAGCAGAGCAAACACGCCGGUGAGAUCCUAGAAUCGAGGACAUAUCUCCUCUCGUCGCCGACGCCGGUCUCGAUCACUUACCCGCAGACCAAAACCACCAUCUCCACCCUUUUAUCCCAGCCGAACACAAAACUUAUCUACUUGGUACCUCAAGCAAACAUAGUGUGUCCAAAGGUCUGCGAGCUGAUGCGACUGCCCCGUGCAGUGGGGAGCAGCUUCCAGAUCCUUCCUGUCCCACCGGAGAUCGAAAUGAAGGCCGGCGGUAAGGACAGUUGCUCGAUUAGCGACGUCAUCGCCGUCCAGGAGGUUGUCCGGAAAAUACUCAAGAAUACAAAGACCAGAAAGUUCGACGGAUAUAUCGCGUUCGAAGAGGAGCGGGAGGCAUGGACCUUCUUGGAGCAUGUCGGCAAGGGAGUGAAGUGUUCGGCGACGAAAGGUUGA